ACUUGAGGUACUAGGACUCGCUCCACACCCAGUACCCACGCCACCACUUGGCCCACAGGUCACUCACUCACCGCCCUUACCACCACAACAAAAAGUACCACCUCCAAACAAAACGCCCCCCGUAUCCUCGAAACCUCCUGCUCCCCCAACUUCAACUCCGGAAUCUCCAAUGCCUUCAUCACCACCUGCAAUACCAGUGCCACCGAAACUACCGCAAACGCCAUCUAAAGCACCGAAGCCUCCUAUGGACAGCAACCCGGAUUGCUAUGCAGUGAGGAAUAAUAUGCCAAGACACCUGUUCAACAACUGUACGUUUAUUUGUGAACAAGAUGAAGAAUUUACUUUGGGCAACCGCGAAACAUGCUUUGCUCAAGACCCAAUAGAAGAGAUGCCUGUCAGAAAUGGUGUAAGAACUGUCACUGGAGACGAGGGUGUCUGUAUAGAUGGAAAGUGUGUCAUACCUGGGAGUGGAACACCACCGAAAAACCCUAAACCUCCAAAAGGAUCUCGAAAGCCGAGGCCACCCCCCGACACCAACCCUGAUUGUUACAACCUCAACACCACGAAUUACGUUUAUCGGAAGUGCAGCUUUAUUUGUCAAGUAGACGAGCUUUUCACCUUGCGAAAUCGCCAACGGUGCAUAGUGUGA